AUGGCGGCCGUCGACUUCACCAAGCUUACUCCGGAGGAGCUGGAUGCUGUGCUGGAGAUGCCAGCCAUGGCUCCUCCGGCCAACGAAGUCAGCAACUUCACCAACCCGCCCAAUCUAAACCCUAUGGCUGUCGCCAUCAUGUCCAUAUGUGUGGUCGUGGUGGUUGUCUGCCUGCUCGCCCGCGGAUAUGCCAGGCUUAUUCUGCAAAAAAAGGUUCAAGUUCAAGAAUACUUAAUCUUGACUGCGUUUGCGUGUUUCCUCGGCUGGGUGUAUUGUACGAUGAAAUUAGUCGAAAGUCCAGGAUAUUACGUCCACACGUGGAAUGUCAAACUUCGGCAAACGGUCGAUAUGGGCUUACUCGUCCAUGUCGCCGGCGUCUUCUACUCGGUCUGCCUUCCGCUUCUAAAGUCAUCCAUUCUGGUGGAAUGGAUAGGGGUAUUCGUCCCUGGAACGAGGAACUGGUUCUUUUGGGUGUCCUGGACCCUGGUUGGUCUUCAGGUUGCGUUCGCCAUUGCCGCCGUCGUCGCUCUUAACUUGGCGUGUAUUCCGACUCAGAAGAAGUGGGAGUUCUGGCUUCCUGGGAAAUGCAUCAACGCCCACGACAUCGAGACAGUUUCUGCCAGCUUCCAGCUGGCUUCGGAUUGCGCUAUUCUCAUCCUUCCCCAAAAGGCCAUCUGGAGCCUCAACAUGGGCUGGAAGAAGAAGCUGGGUGUUUCUGUCAUCUUCUCCCUUGGUUUGUUCGCUUGCAUUUCUGCCGCUUUCCGUCUAGUUGUCACCAUCCAAUACGCCGCAGCCCAAGAUGCCAUAUACUACAUCGGUCCCGUUUGCUUCUGGGCUUAUGCAGAGAUGACUUGCGGUUUCAUCGUCGUCUGCGUCCCUUGCAUCCCCAAGAUUCUGCUGGAAAGCGGUGUCUGGCGCCAGAUACAAAAGACCUUCGGCUUGAGUGUGACCGGCAAAUCUGGGGCGACAGGCGGUACCGGUGGCACCAGUGGCAGCUCCAGGAACAGAGCGGGCUCAAGCGCCAAGAGGUCCAAGAACAUUCGCUCCGUAAACAACUCGUACUUGGAAAUCGACGACACGGAGUUGAAGACCUUCCAGUCCGAGUCAACGGAGCACCUUCGAGACCCCAUCGACCCACAUGCCAAGCUCGAUAAGGGGAUUGUUCGCACCAUGCAGGUCACCCAGGACUCGACCAACUCCAACAGCCAGGAGACCGUGUACGACCACCGGACGCAGAAGUCGUGGAGGUAA